AUGAUUCCACCGUUGGUUCUUGAUAUUCAACCACAUCAUAAAAUCUUAGAUAUGUGUGCUGCACCUGGUUCGAAAACUGCUCAAAUAAUUGAAUGUCUUCAUCGUGAUGAAUCAAAUCCAAUUCCAAGUGGUUUUGUUAUUGCUAAUGAUGUUGAUAAUAAACGAUGUUAUACACUUGUUCAUCAAGUUAAACGAUUAGAAAGCCCAUGUUUUGCUAUUAUAAAUCAUGAUGCAUCAAAUUUACCGAAUUUAAAAUUCCGUGAUGGAAAUAUAUCAUUUGAUCGUAUUCUAUGUGAUGUUCCAUGUUCUGGUGAUGGAACACUUCGAAAAAAUCCUGAUCUAUGGAAAAAAUGGAAUCCUGGACAUGCGUUUAGUUUACAAUCAAUACAAUUACGUAUUGCAACACGUGGUAUACAACUUCUUGCACCCGGUGGUCUCAUGGUUUAUUCAACUUGUUCAAUGAAUCCUAUUGAAAAUGAAGCUGUUGUUAGUCAAUUAUUACAAACAUUUCAAGGUCAAAUUUCACUUGUGAAUAUUAGUGAUAAAUUACCAGGUUUACGAACUAUACCUGGCUUAAAAAGUUGGUGUGUCAUAGGAAAAAAUCAAGACAUUUAUAAUUCAUUUGAAGAAGUACCAAAAAAUAUGCAAUCAUUAGCUCGACCAAAUAUGUUUGCACCUUCAAAUGAUAUUCUAGAACAAUUACAUCUUGAACGAUGUAUUCGUGUACUACCACAUCAUCAAGAUACGGGUGCUUUUUUUGUUGCUCUUUUUCGAAAAAUUGACAAAACUCUUGAUUCAUCAUUGUCAACUCAAGAAGAAACAUCUCAAAAACGUCCAGCAGAAGAAAAUGUAUUCAACGAAGAUGGAGCUAAUUUCAAACGUGCUCGAUAUCAUCGUGAAAAUCCAUUUAUUUUCUUUGAAGAAAAAGAUAUAAAGGGAUUUUGGCAAGAAAUUAGUGAAUUCUUUGGUGUUGAUCCAUCAUUUCCAGCAGACCAAUUAAUGACAAGAAUUGCAAGUGAUAGUGGUCGAAAUAUUUAUUUCGUAUCCGAUAGUCUUAAAGAAAUUGUUACAUUAAAUCAAGAUCGUAUUAAAUUUAUUAAUAUGGGUGUUCGUUUACUUGUUCGAACUGAUUUACGUAAUGAUAAAGAUAAGCGUUCAUUAAGACUUUCACAAGAAGGCAUUGCAAUUAUUAAUAAAUAUUUUUCCAAACGACGUAUUCAAUUAGAACAACAAGAUCUAUUAAUAUUAUUAUCACAUGCUCAUACACAAUUUGCUAAUCUAUCACAAUCAGUACAAAAUCAAAUACAAAAUAUAUCCAAUGAUUUAGGCAGUGUAAUUUGUUUAUUUAACAUCAAACAACAUGAUCUUGAUAUACCAAUUAUAUUUGUUUCAUGGCGUGGUCGUAGUUCAUUCCGACCAUUUGUAAGUCAUUCAUCAAGAAAAUUUUAUUUAUCAUUAUGUAAUAUCGAUCAAAUGACAAUUAAUGAUAUUAUUAAUAAAUUAACAAUUGAAGAAAAAACAAACAAUAAAAAAAAUGAUGAUUCAUGA